GGCAAAUCCCAAUAUUACCCUCCCAUCCCUUCUUCCUCGUCCUUCUUCCCUAACCUAAUCUCUCCUCACCAGCCCACCUGAUCUCUCCUCACCAGCCCACCUGAUCUCUCCUCAACCUCCGCAAUGUGCGACCCUAGUUGUCCGACGAGACUCGCACGCUAGGGUCCACCACAACCAUCCAGUUCUCACCGCCCACGUAGCACAGCACCUUGUCAUGGGGAUGAAGCUCGAUUGUACCUCCAUAGUUGCACAUGAGCCGGUGCUCCGAGUGGAGAGUAGGCGGCGGCGCGCACAAGGUCAUCCCAUGAAUCUGUAUUCUGCGAGCGAGGGUAGAAAUUGAAAGAGUAAGAACAAGAACUUACAAGAACCCAGAUCUGGGUUCUCAUCGAGUGGAGGGUGAGUGACAGCGCGGGUUCAUCUCAUGAACACCUAGAUCCGGGAUCCUGCGUUUUCAAGAACCCGAAAUAUUCUGCAGGUUUCUUUUCUUUGAUUUUUCUUCCACUAGAUAAAGUUUUGGCAGGGCAAUUUUGGGGCUGCCAAGGGGGUUUGAUCGGAAUCAAUGGCAGAUGGAGAACAACCCAGUCAUUGCUGUCAGCCCAAGGCGUAUGGCCAACCCAUUUGGUCUUCAGAUGUGCGUGCUGAGUUCAAUCUCAAGAGUAUCGGAGGUGCAUAUUGGGGAUCUAGAGCAUGAUGGCAAUGGUACGGGUUCUGUUGAUAUUUUGGAGGCCUGUGAAUUGCUUGAAGGGUGUAGGUCUUCUUUCACUACCAUGGGUGUAAUGUUGAAAUCUAAACUUGAACUUGAUUGUGGAAAUUUGGAGAUGGUUCUGAAUUUGAUGAUGAUUGAUAAGGUUGAGAGCUUAAACUUGGUGUCUAAGGGAAUGGCUAAUUCUAAUCUUGUAGGGAAAGCUCUGAAUGCAAGUUGUGAUACUGGUAUUUCAAACCAUUUUAGUGUCGACAAAAUUCUGGAUGGGCCUAUUAAUGCUAAGAUAGUGAAGGAAGAUCUGGACGGUGAUGGUGGUGGUAAGCCAUAUGGAAAUCAGUGCCAUGUCCCUGAUCUUAUGCUUGUAGUGACUUUGAAGUCUUUUUUAGCUUUUGGUGGCUGUUCUCCAACAGCCAUUCUGAGGAAUUGAUGGUCAUAUUGGAGAGUAGCCAAGGGCAGGGGUCUCCCUUGGUGAUAUAUGCAUUAUGCUUCCUGCUCAUCUGUGAUCCCAUCGUGGUAUCAUAUGUAGCUAGUAGUCUUAGUUGCUCUACAAAAAAUCCAAAAACAUUGCAAAUAUAGUAUCUGCUCAUCUGUUAUCCCUUGGGAGUGCGUUAUGUGUUGUUGGUGAAUUGGGUAUUUUGAGAAGGUAUGGUUGUGGGAAGAGGCGGUACCAUGCAUUUGUCUUACUUGUCUUUGGUAUUUUGGUAUGGUUCAAACAUUGCAAAUUGCUGUAGUAAUAUCAAAUUUCAAAUUCUGGUAGGAUACAAUGUAUUUUACUAUUUGCCUUCCCAGCUCAUCAUUUUUAACAUCCCAUCCUUGCUUGAUUAUAUUUUGAAUAACAGUCCUUGGUUACU